AUGAGCGGUCACUUCAACGAACACACACCCGGUGCUGCAACUCCAGAAGAUGAGCGGGAGCCCUACGUCUACACCAGCAUACGCUAUGACGUUCGUUUGCUCAAGUGUGAACAGAACACUGCAGCAUCAUGCAACAAGCCUUGCCCGUUCUACAUGUUAGAACAUCAUUGGACUCGCCUUCAGAUCGCCAAAUGGAGCACAUUCUUCUUUGCAGAUGACAGACCGAGACCCAAUUCAGGCGGUCCAUCGAUCAUCUUCCAAAGCCUCCUCAAUGCCGUGAAGCAAUGGCAUGAGGCACAUCCUGGUGAAAAUCCAGAGGCCCUCCGCAUCAAGAUCCGCGCGUACGUUGGCGGGAAGUUCAGAACGGAAACAUACUAUCCACUCAAGAGUAUUCCAAUCGAUUCGCUCUUCCCUCCCAGUUUGAAGGUAUUCCCGCCAGAGCACAAAGCUGAUUGGACGAUUGUACUUGAUUCGGAACCCACGCAACCUGCAGAGUCAACAAUGUUUAAGACAAACGAUCGAUCUGUGUAUGGACGCUCGAGGAUUGAUGCAGGCAUUACGAGUUUCGCCCAACCCAAGGAGGUACUACUCUUCACUCCGGAUAGAUAUGUGCUGGAUGGCUCAAUCUGUACGCCAUAUCUCUUCCGCAACGGCCAGUGGGUCACGCCAGAAUCAUCUGCAGGAGGUCUUCAAGGUACCACUCGGCGUUGGGCAUUGGAGCAGAAGUUGUGCGUCGAGGGAAUGAUCCCGAUCGAUAGCCUGCAAGCUGGAGAGACUGUCUGGUUGAGUAAUGGCGUCCGAGGAUUCUUCUGGGCACGAUACGAGAGUCGCAACAACGCGUCGGAGCGCGCAGCAUGA